CGGUGGGACUCACGAGCGAAGGAGACAGCAUAGUUUGUCAACUUCUCCUCGUGUUUGGCGUGUUUUGACUGGAACCCAAUGUGCUGUUUUCCGUCCACUGACCCAGUUUAGUGGCAGUGGGGACAAAGUAAGUGCAGCAUAAGCGAAGUUUGUCGAUGGAAAAAAAAGACAACAAUGACUGAAGUGUUGAUGGGUUGAACAGCGAAGUUUCUUGUCUCGUGUUCGACUCACAAGCGAGUGGCAGAGCGAGUGGCUUCUUCAAAACACCCCGGCAUUCAACUCACACAUCGAUGGAAGCUUGUGGAGAGAGCUACUGCUACGGAUAAUUGGCAGGUGACUGCUCAAUUACUGUUCCUACUUCAUCUGUUCAUCUUGAUCGCUCAAAAUGAGUGGGCCACCUACGCCAACAAAACAACAGGGUAAUUACCGUCCCGUUACGCCAAGCCCUACAGUGUCUGGUGUGUCGAAAAUAGGGGAUGAGGACCUACGACGGAAAGGGACAGAGGAACUUGUGCGUCUAGUCAGAAAACUGGAAUCUGACUAUAGAGGCCUGAUGUUAGAACAUAGCAAUCUGAUGAAGGACAUUAAUAGACGCAUGCAGAUAAACCUGUUAGAGAUUCGUGGGCUAAAGGACAUUAACCAGAAACUUCAGGAUGACAACCAGGAGUUGCGGGACCUUUGCUGUUUCCUGGAUGACGAUCGCCAACGGGGAAGGAAACUGGCCCGGGAGUGGCAGAGGUUUGGGCGUUACACUGCCAGCGUCAUGCGCAGCGAGGUUACCGCUUACCAAGACAAGCUGAGUGACCUCGAGUCGAAACAGGACUCGUUGAUAUCGGAUAAUAUGGAGCUGAAGGAGCUGUGCUUGUAUCUUGACCAAGAGAGAAUGCGCUUCACCCCUGAUCGUGACGAGGGUGACGGCAGCAGUAAUACGACCACAGCCAGCGAGGUUCGUAUGGAGGACAGCCAGCCUGGCUCUCAGGGCACUACGGACACCUCUUCUGACAACUCUACACGACAAAGAACCCCUGUCAAUGAUGCCACAGCGCAAUACAUUCGUCAGUUAGAAGAAAAAGUGCGUCAGCUUGAAGAGGAGAAAAGACAGUUGGCACAGAAAGUGGAAAGGAAUGGUGCGGAAGGUUACAGACCAGGGGAGAGGAAAUACGGAGGUGCCCCACAGCUUCACCCUACCCCUCCCCAGCAUUCUCAUUUGUCACCCUACCCUGCCCUUCCCUCGUCACACCUUAAUUAUUCAUACCCAAAUCAUCCUCAGCAGUAUAAUGGGACAAGCCAUCGACCUGACAUGCCACCAAGUCGUCCCUCCCCAUAUGCAAACCCCAAAUCACUGAGUGGCCCAUCCAAACCAGAAGCUGUGGUGCAUGCUAUGAAAGUAUUAGAGGUUCAUGAUCAGCUGGAACGUCACCCCCACCCCGACACCAGUGACCAGGACAUGAGUGAUAAGGAACGGGCUAUAGUCAGGGAGAUGUGCAACGUUGUGUGGAGAAAAUUGGGGGAUGUGGGAGGCAGCAGUGAGAGACGUCCGCCCCCGAAAACUACUCAACAGAACUACAUGGAACCUCAACCAAGACCCCAAACCCAGGCCUCUCACAGGGGCCCCUCCCCUAUGUCCACGGGCUCCCUCCCCAUGAGUCUUCCUCCACAGAGCCCACCACCACCACCCACCUACCGUGGACCCACCCCAAUGCCUUAUAUGGAGAAGAGGUCAACAUACCUGGAUGACAGGGGUUAUCGGUAAUCAGGAGUCAACUUAAAAGUUCACAGUGUGAAACACAUCUGUAUUAAGAUUUAGAGUAGGUUCUAGUGCACAUGACCAAUAUGGGGCUAGAGGUAGAUAAACAGCAAUAUGUAUCUCUUUGUUAAACAUUGUAACCCUUGGCAAUCAAACAUAUAAGAGGGUUUGCUUGACCUACGCAUGUAAUUUUGGCAGCCAUACUGGAGUACAGCUGCUUUGCCAGCCCAUGUGAACAGAACACCAAUCUGGCUGACUAGCUGUUGUAGUGCUAGUGGGAUGAUGUCACACGCAACCCUCCUCUCUGCAGGACAUUUUGUGUGUAUUUAUGAUGUGAAUCUUUGGGACACCUGAAAUUGUAAAAUAUGGGAUAGAAUUAUUCAGGGCAGCUGACCAUUCUACAGAACCACCAGUCUAGAGCUGCUUAGUUAAAUGCGCAGUUAUGUGGCCUCCGUGACCUCGUGGGAUGGUGCUAGUGCAGAACAGUGACUUGCGGAACCUCUCAUCAAAGCCGUCGCUUUGAGGUAAAGUCCAACUCAUGGUGGCUUUCCCUUUAGUCGUACGUGCGAUGGUCUGCCAGAAACCUCUGGAUGUUCGUGGCUUUCCCUGCACUCUGCCCCAUGUUUCCUCCCGUCUGCUGGCUGCAGUCGUAUAAGUGAAAUAUUCUUGAGUAUGAUGUAAAACACCAAACAAAUAAACAAAUUGUCCUGUACACCACCAUAAUGUUCGCCACCUUCAUACGAGUGAAAUAUAAGGCAACUCUAAUCAGAUACAUGAAUAAAUCGGCUUGCGCUUCUGCUUGUCUGCCAUAUGACCUCUUCUGCGCAUGUGUACUGAUGCACUUGUAACUGCCAUCUGGCUUCAUAGCAUCUCUGAUCAUGUGCAGCCAUUCCUUUGAAUGCAUCACUACUAAAAGUUAUAUACCACAGACGUUGUUAGGAAAUCAGCAAUGUCAGUGAAAUAUGAAAACAUUGUCAUGUGACUAUUUACCUCAGUAGACUAAGGCAUGCAGCAUGCUUAUGUGAGAGCAAGUCACAAAGUAGACUGACAAUUCCUCUGAAAACAAGGUUAGAUUUGAAAUGUUACUCCGUUGUUAUAUUCAUCACUUUUUAGACACCAUUUUGUGACCAGGGUAACUACAUGUAUUUUGCUGAACACAAUACUCAGGUGUUUGAUGAAAUAUGCAAGUCAUUCUUUGAAAUAUGUCAUGGAAGUUGUGCUCUAUUAAAAUGUGAUAACAGUUCAAUGAUUAAGUUUUCUAAGGUUCUAAGAACUAAGUUUGUCACCACAUAUCUGUAAAAAUAGAAUGAUUUAAGUUCAUUACUUUUU